GAUACGCGCACCACGGAAAAUGCGACCAGGCACCAUCGCGUCGAUAUCGCUUGUCACUCAAGUAUCUAUUUCUGUGCUUGUCUCUCAAAUGACACCUGCUCCGAAAGUGAAAUUGUCAGUGGAUUAACAUAAAUUCUCGCUGACUUCUUCAUUCAGCGUUUGUGAUAUUUGUGCGACCAUCUGAUGUACGCGUGUGCUGCGAAAACGUGUCGUGAUAUAAAAAUGUAGAAGAGAACACGUUAAUUAAAAUUUAAUCGAACAAAAGAAAGUGAUUUAAUACACGCAUUUUUAUUGACAUUAAUCGCAGUGUGCACAUUCUUUCCGAACGUCAAACGGAUUUUACUACGUGAUGAAGCUGCACGAAAAGAAAGAGUCGGGUAUCCAUAGGGUGCAGGAGGUACCUCUCGAAGAAUUAGAUCUUUCGAAAGAAUACAAUGUGGAAAAAACUCUGGGCGAAGGUAGUUUUGCGAAGGUUUUAUUGGCGAUACACAGAGCCACUCAAACAAGGGUAGUUCUAAAAGCAGUUCAUCAAGAACUCACAUCGGAGAAGGACUUUUUCCGGGAAUUCCAUUAUUCGUACCACCUGAGCCCACAUCCAAAUAUACUUUCUUCGUACGCCGUCGCUUUCAAAGCGGAGAAAUGUUUCGUUUUCGCGCAAGAAUACGCGCUCUACGGCGACCUCGCCGGCAAUGUGAAAGCUGGAGGACUUAACGAAGACGCGUGUAAAAGGAUCGCCGGGCAGCUUGCUUCGGCUCUCGAUUUUAUUCACUCAAAGCAGCUGGCCCAUCGUGACAUAAAAUUGGAAAACGUGCUAGUAUUCGCGCAGGAUAUGAGCAAGAUCAAGUUGUGCGAUUUCGGUUGCACGAGACGCGAAGGCACUCUGGUGAACAAGAUCCGUUGCACCUGGGUGCCAUUUCAACCGCCCGAGAUCCACGAGGUCAUCAAGAAUGAGAGGUACGCCUGUAAAAGAAGCUCGGACUGUUGGCAGUUCGGCAUCGUUCUCUUUGUUUGUCUGACCGGCAAUCCGCCAUGGCAAAGCGCCGACCUAAUCCAAGAUCCGGACUACUCUGCUUUCCAACGAUGGUUAAAGCGACGCACCACCAAGAUUCCGCCUACUUUCCGGCGAUUCACACCUAGGCUACUCCGAUACUUCAGACGAGCAUUCGAGCAUAAACCGGAGAAGAGGCCGCACGUGACUGAGAUCAACAAGUAUUUAAAAGAUACGUGGUGCAUCAGCAAGAUCAGUCAUAGCGCGACAUCGACGUCGGUAGAUGUGAGCGAGAGUCUCGCCAGGCGGGGCGACAGUCUGCUCUACCUGGACACUAUUUUGGAUGACAGAAACAAUGUGGACGAGAACAAAAACAAGCUGAGGAAAUUACUAAAUAGUUACGGCCUGGAGACUACGGUAGAUCAAAAAGUCGUCACCAAAAGGAUAUGGGAGUGGGUGAUGCAGUGUGAUUCCAACAUAGAGGACAUAGAGCCGGGUCUCAUCAGCGGCUUCAGCACGGAGGAUAUGUGAGAGAUGGUGAGAACCUGCAGCGAGCCGUGCCUUCGGAUCGCCCAGGAGGAGCCGAGUAAGUUCCGAAUGGGCAGCUUUCAUGUAUCGUACAGACGUGCCAAAUAAUCAGCCGUAUAAACGAGAGACAUUUUUCGAAGAGCUCGUGCGAAAUGUAUUCCACGAAAGAGCGGAACACGGCCUUGUUCCAGCGACGGCCUGUUCCAGGGUUGAAAUGCUAUACAUAGGCGGACCAAUUAUCGAUAAACUUCCUCUAUUAUUUUAAAAUGGAGAUUACAGAAAAAAUUCGAAAAACGAUGAUGACUUUUGUAAAUAGUGAAAUAAUAAUGGCAUAUUGAAAACGACAGCUAAUCCUAAAAGUAAAAAUGCAACGUAAAUGUUUGAAAAACAUCAUAAUGAUGUGUGUCUAAAAGACAUUUCUAAUCUCUGAAGCAUUCUCUCGACGUUUAGAUAUCCUUUGUAUUUUUAUGCUGUUUUGAAAUUUCAAGAAUAAAAUAAGAUAUCCGUCUUUUGAGACAUAAGAUAGCAGUUGAGUGUAAAUGUGAUAUGUAUGUAUCUAAGUAUAGAGAAAGAAUCCGCUUCUUGACCGAAGAACAGUGUCAAGCUGGAGAUUAGCUUGGUGUACUAACUAUAGAGACAAUAAUGCCGGUGCAUAAUGAUUUUUGCGUUAAUCAGUUGUUCUGGUAAACAGAUGGUCUUAGCGAUGCCUUAUGUGCGACUUAUUGUUAGACGCGAGGUUGGAGACAGCCACUUAGAAUAUAUUUUGCAUAUAAUUCAAAAAAUCUCUAUUUCUGUUCACAUAUAACGGUAUAAACUCGAUCGUUAAACAAAGAUAAAAAAUGUAAGACUGUAUAAUCCAGGGAUUCCCAAAUUGGAGAUCGUAACUCCAAAUGUAGCAUAGAUUACAUUUUCGAAAACAAUCCAUUUAAUAAGAUUCGGCACAAUCAAAUGUGAAAAAUUAAAGUUUCGAUUUACAUAGUGAGAGGAAAAUACUAAUGUUUCAUUAUUAUAAUCUGAAUAAAUAUGAAUCUCUAACUUUCAAAAUAACGAAGUAAAAUUUCUGUUGCAACAUUUAAUUUAUAAUUCUCUUCUCUAAAAAAUAAGAAAAAGAAUUUUCGGUUAUGCCAAAAAAUUUAACAAUCUGGCAUAGCCGAAAAAUGCAAUAGAGAUUAUAAUGCGAAAUGGAUGGUUAUCGGAAGUACCGUUAACGACAAGAUGUAAAUUAUACAAAUGUAAAUAUAUUUAUAUAAAUAUAUAUACAUUAUUUAUAUUCGCUA